AUGAAUUGGCUCGAACAGGAACACACCUGCUACCCUGAACAGUAUCUACAUUCUCGGUCGUUCCUUUCCUUCGUCGGGAUGAACAGAGACAAACAACCCAAGCCAUCGCCCGAUCGACUUCCUAAGAGCGUCAAGGUGCGUUCGACCUGCAACGCAUGUCAACAGGCCAAGAUACGCUGCAGUCAUGAAAAGCCAUCUUGCCGACGGUGCCUGAAGCAUAACAUCGAGUGCAUCUACAGCAUGUCUCGACGGCUGGGAAGACCUGCGAAGAGGAGGGAGUCUCAAUACGCCGGCCUUCCGCCGGAUACGCAACGCGUCGACGCUCGAUGUCACCAACAAGACAAGAAGGGGCCGGCUUCCAAGAAAAAAGCAAAGGAAGGCCAGGAUCGUAGGAAGGACGAUGAAGACGACUUCCCACAGAGACUUGCUGAAACAGUAGCUUAUGACACCAUGGCCGUCGACCAGACUGUGCUAGAUGAUAUCUCCCUCAAUGACACUAAUCUGAUCAGCGAUGCCAUCGAUUUCUCCUCUGACAGCUGGCUGCAAGAGUUUCUCUCUCAGCAAGGUCCUGAACUUUUCCAGGAGACUGAUCUCUUUGAUGCGCCGGCGCUCGAAAACCCCAAAAAUGAUAAGCCAAUGACUGUCCCGAAAUGGGGAUACAAUGACUCGGAGUCCUCGCUCAAGAGCUUUUCCACGUCGUCGCCGGUAGGAGAGGAUCCUCCGCCGACGGUAAGCCUUUAUUUCGCGGAAGACCCCAUGCCCACCGAGGCAGUUACCAGCAGUGCCCAAUAUCCUGCGACAAUCCAACCCUCCUAUCCUGAAUUCCUCAGGAAAGCUGCUUCAAUCAAGCCUCAGCAGUUCUCAAUAGCAGAGGCGUUGUCUGGAAAACCUUGGACUGCAACAGAACAAGGCAAUCUGCGUGCCCAUUCAAGAGCUUGGAAGCGUCUGAAUGACGCUGAUUCUCCAAAAAAUAACCAUUCUCCGAGCCUCACGCCCGUGAGUUCUGAGACAAAUUGCCAGUGUCAAUGUCAGUGCCCUGAACAGAUCGUCAGAGAGCUCAUCCGUAUAAACAUAUGUGCCUCUCGAUCAGGACCAUCACCUACGAUUGAUUCCGUCUUGGGUUCUCAGCGAGUUGUCCAACAAUUGGCAGAAACUAUCCUGCAAUGUGCUCUGUGUUCCAAGACACGAGUUAAUAUCCUCAUGGUGGUGGUUGUCAGCAUUGAUAGUUUAAUCACAACACUUGAAGACCUCAUAUCCGGGGACGCCCGUUUGAUAGAGGGUGCUUUACCAGGGUUACACGAUCAUAUGCAACUCCAGCCUGAUUUCGGGCAGGACAUUGCGCCGGAUGGGAGCAACCGAAGUCACGCAGGUGGUGCUGUACGCAAGGCUGAGUGGACUAUUGGCCAUAAUCCGCCGCAUCAGGUAUUGCACGCAGCAGAUGCUGACAACAUCUGCUUCGCGUGGAAGGCUGAGCAUGAUGAUGGAGACGGAUCGGCGAUUACAGCUGUUUAUGAUGAGGAUGAGGAUGCUCACCAGGUGACGAUGAUAGUGGGUACUGUAGCAAUAUACCUGUCUAUUGAGGCAGACAUAGUGGCAUAG